CCGUCGCCGGAGUCUAUCCUAGUGACAUUUCGGAUAUGCCUGCCGCUAAGGAAAAUGAGGUCGCGGUUUGCCACCCUGCCCUCGAUAUCUCGGCCACCUGUGGUAGAUGCUCCUAUAUGCUGUUGAUUCAAUUUCUCUCCCGCGCCUCAUACACGAACGCACACGAUCGCGUGGAGGUCAUCCCAUCUGUGCGCUUUUUCUUGGGGAAGCCUUACUGGUUUUGGACUUUCCCGAACGAUCUUGAGUUUCUGACAGAUUCCGAUGGAGCAGAAUGAGCACGAGCGGACGUAUCAAUUUAUCUCGGAUCCCUCACACAAGGAAAACGUCUCUGGCCGAGUUACCGCUGCCUGCCUGAACUGUCGCAAGAAGAAGAUCAAGUGCAGUGGGCUGGUCAACUGUGUUCAGUGUCAGGAGAAAGGACUCGUGUGCGAAGGCCCGCCGUCACGCAAGCGUCCAAAACGCGAACACCACGGCUCUUCGAGCAGCCAUGACCUGACACAAGAGGGCAACCCGACAUCCAGUCGGCCUCGGGAACUGCCUGCGUUGGUCGAGCAUGACUCCGGCUACUCAACGAUACAACCAGAUGGGCAGAGUUCCACCCCGGGAGCCAGCCCCUCCACGACAGGCAACCCCGGGCCUCUGCCAACGACAAUCGAGACCAGCGGCUCGAUGACUGUCCCAUCCGCAUAUGUAUCGCAAUUCUUACACUCGAGCUCCCUGCAGUCGCCAUCUUCGUACAAUGAGCAGCCUUCCACCUUAACAGGACAGUGGGAUUCGUCUACGACCUAUACACCCGGCGCGUCAAGCUUCGGAACAGCUUCCAUCGCCUCCGGCUUGUCCGAGCUGCCUGACUAUACGACAUUGGAAGCGGGCCGAAUACCAUUACAAAACUAUGAUACGUCAACCUACGGCUUCUGGCCAUCGAAUGAUGACCUGAACAGAAGACCUUCGAGCUUCCUGGUCCAGACUGCCGAAGCGCUGGAAAGUCAGGCCCAGCGGCUUCGCGGGAUAGUGCAGGACAGGCAAAACGAGGAAUUGGACACAACACUGUCGCACUUUCCGCUUCGGGAUCUGCCAUUGCACGACGCUUCUUACCCCCAAGGCUUUGAGCAACCCUUCCGCGACGAUGGCUCGCUUCGAAGUGACCAGACGCCAGACAUCAGGAUUUAUGGCGUAUGGCCGGGCCAGCGGAUACAGGCACAGCUGAACCAUCCCAUGAUGCAGAAUCAGUCCCGCACAUCACAGUCUGCCGGUCACAGUGCUGCAUCUUCUUGGCCACCGCAACCGUCGUUAAGCACGAAUCAAGAUGUAAAACCUGGUGAUCUCAAUAUACCAAACCCUGCCCUCAGAUAUAACGCCGCAAACGAGCAGUCACGAGGACCGCACGCCGGAAGCAGUGCAGCGAGUCGACACCGGAGACCUUCCGGCUCUCAACAGUAAAGUUCUGAUUGCGAUCAAUGAGCCCGCGAAGUCUCGUGUUAGCCGCACAUAGACC